AUGGUUUUCUUAUCCAAUGGUCCGUCUCAAGCUCUAGUCAGACAAUACGUAUCGUUACGCUAUCCUCCAGCUGUACUUGAAGACCGUCUAGUUUUCAGCGGUGAACGCACUCGCCCUCACCGACUCGAAUCCGAUCCAGAUCGACUGCUGACAAAUGGAUACGAUCGUGGUGUGGCUCUUCCCAGCGAUUCCCCUGGUGAUCAAUUUGAUAUAGAGGCUGAUGCAGUACCAGAGAGCAAGAGACAACGUGUCGACUCAUACGAGAUCACUCUUGCUGUUAAUGACCGGCAUAAUUUGUACCAAGAAGCCAUGGCAACCCCUGAAGCUGCCGAAUGGAAAGAAGCAAACCGAAAUGAGAUACGCUUUCAUGUGAUGAAUCACACGUGGAAUAUUUUCACGAAGCCUUGCGAUGGAAAAGUGAUUAUCUCGAGAUGGAUGUCUGCUCGAAAGUAUGACGAGCGUGGUAACGUGGUACGACACAAAGCUCGACUAGUGACCCGCGGAUUCCUUCAGACACACGGUGUUGACUACUUCGAUGCCUACUCACCUGUGGCCAGCAUGAACACCAUUCGAACGUUUUUGUAUACAUUGCGUGAAAAAGACUAUGCGAUUCGGCAGCAUGGCGUCGAAACGGCAUUCCUCAACGGUGAUCUUAAAGAAAUUGUCCACAUGCAUUCUCUGGAGGAUAUCAAGGUCGAAGCUGGCAUGUCUUCAAACAACUCGGAUUUAGCCAAUGGUCUUGCUGAUCCGUGCUUCUUCAUCCGACCUACGGAAGACAACGUUGACGAUAAUGUUGUUUACGUGGUGUUGUAUGUGGAUGAUUUGCUUGCUGGAAGCAAGACACAAGCCAUUGCUGACGGCUUCUGUGAUGAAUUGCGAGAGCAUUUCGUGCUUAAGUCUCUUGGUUUCGUCCGAUAUGUGCUCGGAAUAGAGAUUGUCUACGAGCAAGAUAAAGGGCUAUUGAUCUUAAAGCAGAUUCAGUUUAUUACCAAGAUGUUAACCAAGUUUGGUUGCCAUAAUGCUCACGCCGUCCGCAAUCCACUGGUUAUCGGUCAAGACUUCACCAUUGAUGCGACGCAUGAAGCCUUUGACGAUAAGCGUCGGUACCGAGAACUUGUUGGCUCUUUGCUAUAUGUGGCGAAUGCAACUCGGUUUGACAUCUCAGUUGCACUCUUGAUUCUGUACCAGUACCUUGAUCGCCCUACGUCUGCUCAUUGGCGCGCCGCCAAACGUGUGCGUGAUACCUAA